CAUCGGUUGGUAAUAUAAUGAAUUGCGAGGAUGAUCAAAUAAGAGUUAGCAGUGAGAAUUCGUUAGAUAAUAUAGUAUCUGAUCAUUCUACAACCCUAUUAAUUGAGAAUAUUGUUGAUUUGAUAGCUGGAAACAAUUCUGAACAUUCGGCAAGGACGGCCCAAACCAUUUCUCUUGCUGAUUUGAAUUAUAACCCCCUUGAUGUACUAAAUAGUUUUUUAGAACGUGAAAGUCACAAUAAUAGUCAAUAA